GACGGUGGGCGGGGCCACGUCGUGAUGCAUCAGUGCGUCAGUGGAGGGCCGCGUUUCCGGUCUGAGAAACUGUCGCGUUUCUGGGGAGACGUCUCAGCUGGCACUAACCACCGCAUCCGAAGGCAGCCCCAGGACCGGCCACCUCCAUCACUGGCGUCACCAUGGGGGCUGUGCUGGGUGUCUUCUCCCUCGCCAGCUGGGUUCCAUGCCUCUGCAGCGGUGCCUCAUGUUUGCUGUGCAGUUGCUGUCCUAACAGUAAGAAUUCCACGGUGACUCGCCUCAUUUAUGCUUUCAUUCUCAUCCUGAGCACUGCCGUAUCCUAUAUCAUGCAGAGAAGAGAGAUGGAACCUUACCUGAAGAAGAUUCCUGGAUUUUGUGAAGGGGGAUUUAAAAUCCAUGAGGCUGAUAGAAAUGCAGAUAAAGACUGUGAUGUGCUGGUUGGUUAUAAAGCUGUGUAUCGGAUCAACUUUGCCAUGGCCAUCUUUUUUCUUGUCUUUUCUCUGCUUAUGAUAAAAGUAAAAACAAGUAAAGAUCCCCGAGCAGCAGUACACAAUGGGUUUUGGUUCUUCAAAAUUGCUGCCCUUAUUGGAAUCAUGGUUGGCUCUUUCUACAUCCCUGGGGGCUAUUUCAGCUCAGCCUGGUUUUUUGUUGGCAUGGGAGGGGCCGCCUUCUUCAUCCUUAUUCAGCUGGUGCUAUUGGUAGACUUUGCUCAUUCUUGGAAUGAAUCAUGGGUAAAUCGAAUGGAAGAAGGAAACCCAAGGUUGUGGUAUGCCGCUUUACUGUCUUUCACAAGCGCCUUUUAUAUCCUGUCCAUCAUCUGUGUCGGGCUCCUCUAUACGUACUACACCAAACCAGAUGGCUGCACAGAAAACAAGUUCUUCAUCAGUAUUAACCUGAUCCUUUGCGUUGUGGUUUCUAUUAUAUCAAUCCACCCAAAAAUUCAGGAACACCAGCCUCGCUCUGGCCUCUUGCAGUCCUCCAUCAUCACCCUCUACACUAUGUACCUCACCUGGUCAGCCAUGUCCAAUGAACCUGAUCGUUCCUGCAACCCCAGCCUGAUGAGCUUUAUUACACGCAUAACUGCACCAACCCUGGCUCCUGGCAAUUCAACUGCUGUGAUCCCUACCCCUAUUCCACCAUCAAAGAGUGGGUCUUUACUGGAUUCAGAUAAUGUUAUUGGGCUGUUUGUCUUUGUUUGCUGCCUUGUAUAUUCUAGCAUCCGCACUUCCAGUAAUAGCCAAGUAGACAAGCUGACCCUGUCAGGGAGUGACAGUGUGAUCCUUGGUGAUACAACUACCAGUGGUGCCAAUGAUGAAGAAGAUGGACAGCCUCGGCGGGCUGUGGACAAUGAGAAAGAGGGAGUGCAGUAUAGCUACUGCUUCUUCCACUUGAUGCUCUGCUUGGCUUCCUUGUACAUCAUGAUGACCCUGACUGGCUGGUACAGCCCUGAUGCAAAGUUUCAGAGCAUGACCAGCAAGUGGCCGGCUGUAUGGGUCAAGAUCAGCACCAGCUGGGUCUGUCUCCUGCUUUACGUCUGGACCCUUGUGGCUCCACUUGUCCUCACCAAUCGGGACUUUAGCUGAAUGAACCUCUGAGUGCCAAGGACACCACUGCAACUCACAGAGGUCCCUCACUGAAAACUCAUUUACCUUUUAAGUUUGCUUCAACUAAAACAUUAAGUGAAUGCUUUGCAAAUUUGACUGUAUCCAGGUUUAUAUCAGAAGGCGAGAUUGAAAAAUGCUUGAUGCAGAAUCUAUACUUCUCAUUUAUCUGUACGUUAUGUUUACUUCUAAGGAUAUAGCACAAAGGAAACUUUUUUGUUUAAAGUGAACUACAGCUGUGCUGUGAAGAGAGUUCUUUAUAAAGACUGUAGGUUCUUACAAUUUUGGUUUAAAGUGUAAGAUACGAAAAUGUUGGAUAUUUGAGGCCAUGCUUAAUAUAUUUCUAUUGCAGUAUCCUUUAAAAGCAGAAAGAAAAAAAAAAGCAUUUAUAUGACAGUUUUCCUCUGUGAAAGUCCUUACUUAUAUGAUACAAGCACUCUGUUUUGUGCUUAAAUUCUUUGGAGGGGUAGCAUCAAAGUUCUUGAGGGAAGGAUUGUAUAUAUGGGUCCCUUCCCUAGAAGAAUGGUUGCUGAUAUGGCUACUGCUUCUACAUCUUGAGUUUGUUAUGUACUUUUUUUACACUGUAGCAUUGAUGCUGCUUGAUUCAAGUCUGGUGCUUUGCCAGGUGUGUUAAUUUCAAUAAAUGCUUUGUGAGUUGGGUUAAAAUGAAGAUUCACUUGGGAAAACACUGCACCUUCAGUCUGUAAUUAUCUCGUUAUGAGUAUGUAAAAGUAAAAUGCAUGUGAAUUUAUUAUAUUUGCACUAUAAAGGUAUUUGAUUAAAAGAGAAAGACUUUUAAGAUCUUAAGGCCCUUUCUUCUGACAGCUUUUAUGAGUUAGCAGCCAUUCUUUAUUAUCUGGAUGUCAGGUUUUAUCAGCUUCUAGUCAGGAUGCUCCUGUUCCUUCUAAAAUUACGGUCUGAUGUGUGAGCAAAAUCUUGAAUUUAUUAAAAAAGUUGUCCUAAACAGCUCCUCUAGGUAAGAUAUUUGCUAAAUAAGAGACAGGGAAGGCAUUGUCAAGAAAUAUUUUCAUGAGAGGUGGUGUGCAAAAAGGUAGAAUAAAAGAGUUCUUUCAACAAAGAUUUACUGUCUGUUCUGUAUCAGGCCCUAUAGGCUUUGGGGUACAACAUUAAAUGUGAUAGAGGCCCUGCCAUCUUGGACUUUAAUUGUUUGGAGAAGAGUGCAAAUGAGCCGACAGAUUGUUGUAAUACGGUGAAUUUGUGCUGUGAUUUAGGAAUUAGAGUGAACUCAAAGGAGAGGUAUUUAGUAUCAUGGUAGGCUUUCUGGAGAAAGUGACGUUUAAGCCAAGAACUCUUAGAAGUUAGCUAAGAGAGAAAUGGGAAGGUGAGAUGACAUUGCAGAGUAGGUAAAACUGCAUGGCAAAGGCAGGGAGAUGGGGAAAAAAAGUUCAGUAAAGCUGGAAUGGGAAAAUGUAGACAGGGACUGAGUUAUAAAGGGCUUUAUAAACCUCGGAAAAGAGUUUGGACCUUAUGUUGAGGGCAGCUGAAAACAUUCAUAGUGUCAUGAACAAAUUUUAUCUUCAGUUACUUGGGCUGAUAUAUAGAGAAUGAAUUUUGAGAGAUGAGACCAGGAGCAGUCUAUAUGAGAUGUGAAAUAGAGAAGUGGAAUUGUAGGGAUGGGGAGAAAUUGACAGGUGAAGGCUUAAACUUAGCAAUUAGAAUUUUAACACUGGCAGUUAUGAAUAGUAUGAGGGAGAGGUAGAUUUUUGAGUGAUUCUGGUGUCACCAUCUGGGUGGAUAGCGGUUCCAUUUAUUCAGGUGGCAGAUGUAGGUGGUCUUCUUAAGAAUGGUUAAGAGGCUUGGGAGUCAGACUAUUUAGGUUUGCAUCCAAGCCUUGCCAUUUUCCGGCUGUGAAACUGGUCAGCUGAUAUUUGUUGAGUACAUACUAUGCUUUAGAUCUUGGGCAUCUGAGCCUCAGUGUUGGUGCCUAGUAUAUAAGACUGUUUAAAGAAUAAAGUUAUCUUGCAAAGUGUAACCCAUUUUUAGCACUGGAAGUAGCUGCUAAUUUCAUUAUGGGCUAAAAUAAAACAAUAUUCAAAGGUCAGAGAUGUUUAGCCGGAAUCUGUUGGAGGCUGGAUUUCAGAUGUUGCAGAAUUAAACACAGGCACACAGAGGGGACAGGCUCAGUUGGGGUGGAGGUAGGGUAGGGAAGCAGGACUUGGUAUCAAUUAUUGGAAUCAUUGUCUUUUAAACCAGUGGUUUAUGUCAUGGUAUAGCAUUGCAAGGGAUUUGAGGGACAGAUGGGGAAAUGGAGCCCCUUAUUUUGCCAGUGUAAAGCAGAUACCUGGCUUUUCUUUACAGUAGGGGAGUCAGCUUAAGAGCUUUAAAGGUCCUAAACUUCAAAAACAUUACAGUGCCCAUCCUCCGCCUUAAUGUAAUUCAAAAUACAAACAAUACUAAAUGUAAAAUAAAUGUAACAAAGUCCAAUAAAGUUUUUAUUUUUUUCUCGUGA